UACAGAGGACACAAGUUUUCACACAAUUUACAGCAUGUCAGAAGAGCUGACCAAGGUCGCGCCCAUCACACGCACCAUAAAUCUAAACGGAAUGCAAGUAACGUUUGAAAUUGACACUGGCUGUGGAGUAACCAUACUAAGCAAACAGCAGUACACACAACUGUGGAAGAAAACAGACACUGCAGAAUUAAAGCCCUGCUCGCUAAAACUAAAAACAUACACAGGAGAGAAGUUAGGAGUGCUGGGCAUGACACAAGUGAAAGUGCAACAUGAAAACAAAGAAAAGACCUUGCCUGUAGUAGUAGUGGGGGGUGAAGGACCAAAUCUACUAGGGCGAAACUGGAUAAAAGAGUUAGCCAUGUUGGAUCAGUUGGUGAAUAAGGUAGAAUUCCAGCCCAAGUUGCAGCUCGAGGGGAUCCUCGAAAGACAUGCAGAGGUGUUCAAAGAAGGGUUAGGACAGCUAAAAGGGGUCACAGCGAAGAUUAAUGUGGAAAAGGAGGCCCAACCACGAUUCUUCAAACCCAGACCGGUACCUUAUGCAGUCAAACCAAUGGUUGAAAGCGAGCUACAGAGGCUCCUGGAAGACAAAAUAAUCGAGCCAGUGCAGGUUGCUGAGUGGGCGGCGCCCAUAGUCCCAGUGCGGAAACCGGAUGGCUCCAUUAGAAUCUGUGGGGAUUACAAACUCACUGUCAAUAGAGCAUCACGGGUGGAUCAGUAUCCAAUUCCCAAAGUGGAGGACCUUUUCGCACAGCUAAACUGGGGGCAGCACUUCACAAAAUUAGACAUGAGUCAUGCAUACCAACAGAUCGUAUUAGAUGAAGAGUCCAGGAAGUAUGUAAUGAUUAAUACACACAAAGGCUUGUAUACCUACACAUGCUUACCAUUUGGAGUAGCUUCCAGUCCUGCUAUAUUCCAGAGAACUAUGGAGGGCAUCUUAGGUGGGAUUCCAAAUGUUGCCAUUUAUUUGGAUGACAUACUUUGUACAGGACCAAAUGAACAAGAACACCUGAAAACAGUGGAAGAAGUACUUCCAAGAUUGGAGAAAAGCGGCCUAAGGUUGAAAAGAAGCAAGUGUGAGUUCAUGGGAAAAGAGGUGACGUUCCUAGGCCACAAGAUCAAUGCUAGUGGUUUACGCCCUCUGACAGAGAAAGUGGAAGCCAUUGCAGAGGCACCUGAGCCACAAAAUGUUACGGAGUUAAAAGCUUAUCUGGGCUUGUUGAACUAUUACCAUAGGUUCCUCCCAAAGCUCUCCACGCUGCUGGCACCGCUACAUACCCUGCUGAAGAAAGAAGAAAAAUGGUCCUGGGGGCCCAAGCAGCAGAAAGCAUUUGAAGAGUCCAAAGUACUACUUCAGUCCUGUAGUGUGUUAGUACACUAUGACUCAAACAAACCUCUCAUCUUAGCGUUCGACGCAUCGCCCUACGGUGUGGGAGCUGUACUCUCUCAUCGUAUGGCGGAUGGCUCAGAAAGACCCAUAGGGUUUGUCUCCAGAACUCUUAGUGCAGCUGAAAAGAACUACUCCCAGUUGGACAAGGAAGGCCUUGCUGUAGUUUUCGGAGUAAAAAAAAUCCAUAAAUACCUGUUUGGGAGGCAGUUCACAAUAGUGACUGAUCACAAGCCACUAAUUUCACUUUUUAGUGAGAUGAAAGCCAUACCCCAGAUGACAUCUCCUAGGAUUCAGAGAUGGGCAGUCACAUUAGCAGCGUAUGAAUACACCAUCAUCUACAAGGUGGGUAGGGACCAUACGAACGCUGAUGCACUAAGUAGGCUACCUUUGGAUAGAGGAAGUGAAAACACACCUGAGGAGGAGGAGAGAGUGCUGUUGUUUGAGGACAUUGGCGUGCCACUGGUGAACGCACAGCAAAUUAAGAAGUGGACAGACAAAGACCCUGUGCUAGCAAGAGUGCGUGAAUACAUCUUGAGAGGCUGGCCAAAGGUGAACAGUCCCGAGUUCAUUCCAUACGCCCGACGCCAGGAUGAGCUCAGCACCCAAGAAGGAUGUAUCCUGUGGGGAGGACGCGUUGUGGUUCCACCACCUGGACGCAAUGCUUUACUGAAGCAACUACACCAAGCACACCCAGGCAUCACCCGAAUGAAAGGGUUGGCCAGAAGUUACAUGUGGUGGCCAAACAUCGAUGCAGAGGUGGAAAAGCUUGUGAAGGCGUGUACGACAUGCCAGGAAAACCGGAACAGUCCUCCAGUGGCCCCAUUACAUCCUUUGGAAGUUCCUGAUAAACCAUGGAGGAGAAUCCACAUUGAUUAUGCGGGUCCAUGGAUGGGAAGAAUGUUCCUGAUUCUAGUGGAUGCAUACUCAAAGUGGAUCGAUGCAUAUUCUGUGAGUAGCUCUACAUCUACAGUUACCAUUGAAUGUCUUAGAAAGAGUUUCAGUCAACAUGGAAUACCAGAAAUCAUAGUGUCAGAUAAUGGUACCUGUUUUACGAGUGAACAAUUCCAAGAGUUUGCUGAAAAGAACGGCAUACGUCACAUCAUGACGGCGCCCUACCAUCCCUCUUCUAAUGGCUUAGCUGAGAGGGCUGUACAGACGUUCAAGUCACUCAUGAAGAAGAUGGCAGGAGACUCUAUGGAAACUAAAAUGUCCCGAGCUCUGUUCAGCUAUCGCAUAACACCCCAAUCUACUACUGGCAAAUCACCAGCUGAGUUGUUGUGUGGUAGGAAGUUGAGGUCAACUCUUGACUUAAUUCAUCCAGACUUUAGAAAUAGAGUACAUGAUAAACAAGAGAAACAAAAAAGUUAUCAUGACAUGCAUGCUCGAGUGAGAAUACUUGGAGAAGGAGACUUGGUCUACACCCGCAACUUUGGCUCAGGACCAGCCUGGGUACCGGGAGAAAUAACAGAGAAAACAGGCCCUGUGUCAUUCCAAGUUACCUUAGGUAAUGGACAAGUUGUGAGAAGACACAUCGACCAAGUACGCGGCAGAAGCUCCACCCCACCGGUGUCGACAUCAGAAGUGUUAACUGACACCUCGCUUGAAGACGAUGUCGCGGAACCACCACUUCAGGUAGCACCUUAG